UUCUUUCGUUUAGGGUUUUUCUGAUUCCUGGAAUUUUAGAUAUUCUUUCUAAUCCCUAAUUUCAUUAAUGGAUCUCACAAAGAAACGUAAAGCCGACGACAAUGGAGGCCUUUAUUCUGUACCCAGCGACUUAAAUGUUACUGCAGCCGCUAUAGUACCACAGGUACCCAGCUUCUUGUCCCCAGAAGACGCACAAAAAAUCCUUGAACCCUUCACGAAGGAGCAGCUUUUAGGUAUAAUUCGUGAGGCUGUUCUUCGCCAUCCCGAUGUGCUAGAGGCUGUUAGAGCGGUAGCUGAUGCGGAUCCUGUUCAGCGCAAGCUCUUUGUGCGCGGCCUUGGAUGGGAAACCACCACUGAGAAGCUUCGCCAGGUUUUCUCCGCUCACGGGGAACUUGAUGAAGCCAACACUAUCGUUAUUACCGAUAAGGCUUCGGGUAAAUCAAAGGGGUAUGGGUUUGUUACUUUUAAGCACGUUGAUGCUGCGAUAUUAGCACUGAAGGAGCCCAAUAAGAAAAUCGACGGGCGUAUUACUGUUACUCAGCUUGCUGCGGCUGGAAGUUCUGCGAACUCCAGCUCGGCUGAUGUGGCGUUGAGGAAGAUUUAUGUUGGUAAUGUGCCGUUUGAGAUUUCUUCUGAGAGAUUGUUGGGGAUUUUUUCCAUGUAUGGUGAGAUUGAGGAAGGGCCUCUAGGGUUUGAUAAGCAGACUGGGAAGCCAAAAGGUUUUGCCUUUUUUGUUUAUAAAACUGAGGAGGGUGCAAAAGCUUCGUUGCUUGAACCCAUGAAGACUAUUGAUGGGCAUCAAGUGGUUUGUAAGUUAGCAACGGAUAAUAAAAGGCAGAAGCCGAAUGUUGGGCCCGGUGGGGGAGUUGUUCCUGGGAUACCCAAUGCUGGUCUCACUGGAGUGCCUGGCGAGGGAAUGCCUGCGUCAAAUUAUGGAUCAGGAACUGGCUAUAUGGGCUAUGGACCAGGCCCAAACAUGCCUCAACCCCAGCAGCAGGCUGGUAUAGUGCAUCAGAACCCAGGAUUCAGUUCUGCCAUUGGAGGGCUAAGUGGGCAAGGGUAUGGUGGUGGGUAUGGAGGUGGUCAGUCACAGUAUGGUGGCCCUGUCGGUGGCACUGGAGCUGUUAAUGUUGGAGCUGUAACAGGGGAGUACACUGGAGGAUUGGGCAAUACUGGGGGCUACAGGAUGCCUUCUAGUACUAUUGGGCUACAAAGUUCUGGGGGUUACCCAGAUGGUGGAAACUAUGGUCUUCAGCCAUCAUAUGCUUCCCAGCAGAAUCAGCCUGGGAUUGGCCCAGGACCUAGGUUUCCUCCUUACCAGGGUAUGCCACCCUAUUACUGAGGUAUUAUGACAGCUUCUUGGACGCAAAUGCUUUAAAUGGUAUGGACUGCUUGAGAUCUGUGGCUGCUUCAACUCUACCCUAUCUGCUCCUAAGUUGUGGUUUUAUGACUAAGUUGUUUGCUAGAAUUUGUUUAGUUGGAACAAAUUGCUGUAUUAUGUGAAGAACGAGCUGCAAAGUAUUUGAAAAUUUGCUUACUUCUGAUACUUCAAGUUAUAAGUUUUUUGGGUACUAUCAUGUAUGCCAAUUUGGCAAAUGUGUUAUUUUAUCAUUGUGGUAUCUGAAAGAGUGUCCAAUUUGCUUGGCAAUGAAUUAUAUUUUGCAGGA